AUGGGAUCUCUGGGCCCGUCUCCCGAGGAGUCCCCGGCGUUGCCGCGGGCGCUGCUGCGGCCGGAGCCGCGGGCCGUGUCCGUGCCCGUUCCCGUUCCCGUGGCCGUGGCCGUGUCCUGGGACGCGUCCGGCGUGGACCAAAGCACUUUAGAGCCCCCGGGCGGCUGCCGGCACCGCCCGGCGUCACCGUCACCGUGCCGGGAGCCCCGCGGCGUCACCGCGCUCCGGCUGCGCGCCGAGCACGAGGAGCCUGAGGAGGAGGAGGAAUAUCCCCAAAACGAACCAAAGCAAGCGGAAGGGCUCGGCACGGAGCAGCCGGAUCAAAGCAGGAGGGGCGUGCAGAGGUUGGAGUGGAUCUCCAGGGCCACCGCGAGCCCCAGCCCGGCUUUCCAGGAGCCGCUCCCGGCGCCGGACGCGGCGCCCGCCUCGGCGUUCCCGGCGUUCCGCAAAUCGCUGCCGGCCAAAAGCGACGCCUCGGCCCGAGCCGAGCCGGACUUCGCCGCCGCGCCCGAGUGGGCCCCGCCCAAAGCGGACGCGGUGGGCAAACAAUCGUGGACGGUGAACGCCGAGGACUCGGUGGAGCGGCUGCUGCCGGAGCCGGCGCCGGAGGUGAGCGCGCCCUACGUGUGCGGCGUGCUGCUGGACGAGCCGGCCGAGGCGCGGGGGCCGCGGCACGGGCGGGACGACGCCGACGCCGCCGGCGUGUUCACCUGCAUCGAGUGCAGCAUCUACUUCCGGCGGCGCGAGCACCUGCUGGAGCACACGCUGCAGCACAGCCGCGGCUGCGCCCCGCGCGGCGCCGACGCCGCCGGCCGCUGCCGCUUCUGCUGCGCCGAGUGCGGCUGGGCCUUCGGCGACGCCGCGGCGCUGGAGCGGCACAAGAGGCAGCACCAGGAGUCGCGGGAGAAAAUCAUCGAGGAGAUCCAGAAACUCAACGAGUUCCCGGACGAGGGGCGCGAGGCGCGGCUCCAGUGCCCCAAAUGCGUUUUCGGCACCAACUCCUCCAAGAUUUUCGUGCAGCACGCCAAGAUGCACGUGAAGGAGAGGAAGGAGCAGGGCUCCAGGAGCUCGGGGCUCUUCGGCGAGCUCCGGGACGGCGCCGGGCACGGCCUCUACAAAGCCCCGCGCGCCGAGGAGGCGCCGGGCGGCAAAGCUCCGAGCGCCUGCGUCCUCUGCGGCUUCCCGGCCCCCAACGAGCUCAUCCUCAAGGAGCACCUGAGGUUCGCCCACUCCCACCUGUCCUGGCAGCCCGACGCUUUCCAGGACGACCCCAACCAGCCCGGCACCAGCCGCGAUUCCUACAGCCCCGCCCGGCCCGCCGUGGAGUUUUUCGGCAAAACCGAGCGGCGUUUCCCUGCUCCGUGCCGGGAGAGUUCGUCCCUCUACGAUCCCUCCUUCGGGUCGGCCCAUCCCAGGUCGGACAAGAGCAACGGAGCCGCCAAGAAGGAGCCGCAGGGAUUCCAGCACGCCAGGAAGGCGGCGCCUUAUUCCCAAGCAAACGCCGCCUUUGCCGGGUUCUCCUCGCCCAAAUCCUAUUCCCACUCGGCCCUGCAGCAGCUGAGGAAGAGAGCGGCCACCCAACAGCUGGAAGGGGACGGGGACAACCUCCGGGGCCACCCCGAGGAGCCGCGGGCCUCGUGGCCGCCGGACGACGACGAGGAGGAGGAGGAGCCGGAGCCGGGCCGCGCCGGCAGCGUGGCCGUGCCGCGGGCAGCGCUGGAGCUCAAGAGAACCUUCGGGGCCGCCUUGAGGGCCGCAGAAACGGGCAGCGAGGAGCAGCAGCGGCAGCUGAGGAUGAUGGUGCCCCUGGUGGUGCUGCACGAGGCGGCCGCGCACCCCAAGGCGCCCAAGAGGCCUCGGGGGAAGCCGCCCAAGAAGAAGAAGAAGGCGGCGGCGCGGGAGGCGGCGCCGGAGGAGCCGCUCCCCUUGGACGUUCUGCUGCUGGAGUCGCCCCUGGAGGGUCCCCUGGAGCUGGAGGAGCUGCUGGGCUCCGAGGCCACCAUGCUGAGGAACGAGGAGAGGAAAUGUCCCUACUGCCCCGACCGCUUCCACAACGGCAUCGGCCUGGCCAACCACGUGCGCGGCCACCUGAACCGCGUGGGCGUCAGCUACAACGUGCGCCACUUCAUCUCCGCUGAGCAGGUCAAGGCCAUCGAGCAGAAAUUCUCCUUCCAGAAAAAGAAGAAAAAAGUGGCCAACUUUGACCCGGGCACGUUCAGCCUGAUGCGCUGCGAGUUCUGCGGCGCGGGGUUCGACACUCGGGCCGGGCUCUCGAGCCACGCCCGCGCUCACCUGCGCGACUUCGGCAUCACCAACUGGGAGCUCACCGUGUCCCCCAUCCACAUCCUCAAGGAGCUCCUGGCCACCUCCUGCGAGCACCCGGCGCUGCUGCGGGCCCUGGCCCCGUCCCCCGGCGAUCCCCAGCACCGCGAGCACCGCGAGCACCGCGAGCACCGCGAGCACCGCGAGCCGCACCGGGAGCACCGCGACACAAACUGGGAGAACCGCGAGACAAACUGGGAGAACCUGCUGGCUCCCGACGAGGACGACCUGGUGGCCAUGGAGGUGUCGUCCCCUCCCCCCAUGGCCAAGAAGAGCUCGGCCCUGGAGCCGCCCCCCCCCCGCCUGGGCUCCAAAGUGUCCCCGGAGCCCCCCGGCAGCAAAGCCGAGCCCCAGGACUCCAAAGAUCUCAAUCCCAGGGCUUUCCACCCCUUUCUAACCCUGGAAUUCUCUCCCCUCCCAGCCUCCCGUGCCGACCCUGUGCGCGACAUCCGCUGCGAGUUCUGCGGGGAGUUCUUCGAGAACCGCAAGGGGCUCUCGAGCCACGCCCGCUCUCACCUGCGCCAGAUGGGCGUGACCGAGUGGUCGGUGAACGGCUCCCCCAUCGACACCCUGCGCGAAAUCCUCACCCGCCGCCGCUCGGGCCACCCCAAGGCCCUGCCCAAGAGCCUCCUGGCCAGCCUGGCCCCGCUGGAGCCUCGCCCUCCCCCCGAGCUGCACCUGCCCCCCGGCCUGGCCAAGAAAGUCCCGGCUCCUCUGAGCCCUCCCGGAGCUGGCGCGGCCUCGCCGCCGCCGCCCACGGCCAGGAAAGUGUUCCCGGGGCUGCAGGCGCCGUCCCUGCAGAAAAAACUCAAGCAGGACCAGCUCAGGGUGGAGAUCAAGCGGGAGUUGAUGGCUGGAGGAGGAGGAGGAGGAGGAGGAGGAGCCGGGAUCCAUCCCGGGGAGGCGCCGGCGCCGCCGGACCCGGCCUGGGCUGCGCACGAGGAGAUGGCGCCGCUCAACCUCUCCUCCCGUGCGGACCCUGUGCGCGACAUCCGCUGCGAGUUCUGCGGGGAGUUCUUCGAGAACCGCAAGGGGCUCUCGAGCCACGCCCGCUCUCACCUGCGCCAGAUGGGCGUGACCGAGUGGUCGGUGAACGGCUCCCCCAUCGACACCCUGCGCGAAAUCCUCAGGAAGAAAUCCAAGCCCUGCCUCAUCAAGAAGGAGCCUCCGGCAGAGGCGUGCUGUGAGCUGUGCGGGCUCUACUUUGAGAACAGGAAGGCCCUGGCCAGCCACGCCCGGGCUCACCUGCGCCAGUUCGGGGUCACCGAGUGGUGCGUGAACGGCUCCCCCAUCGAGACCCUGCGCGAGUGGAUCCGGCACCGCCCCCACAAGGCGGGCGCUUUCCGCAGCUUCAUCCAGGGGGGCCGCCCCUUCUCCAAGAAAUUCCGCGGCUCCGCGGGGCCCCGCGGGGCCCUGGCCCUGCCCCCGGGGCCCUUCCUGGCCAAGGGCGGCCUCGGCGCCGAGACGGCGCUGGGGGAGUGCGGGAAGGGCCCCGAGGGAGCCGAGAGGGGCCUGGGGACGGCGCUGGGCGUGGUGAAGGUGGAGGAGAGCAGGGGCAACUUCAGCAGUGAGUGA